AUGACAACCAAAGUAGAGGUCCCACCUAGCUAUGAUUCAGAAGACGUCGAGCAGAAUGCACCCGCGUCCUCACCACAAAACGAUUCAAGAUAUGUAUCGUCACGGGCGUCACCGUAUAAUACCAACCCGAUUGAGAUGGACUGCCCGCACUGUCAGAACCACAUAGUGUCUCACAUUGAACGUUGUGCCGGUAUCCUUCCAUGGAUAAUCUUCGCCAUCCUCGCUUUCCUUGGUCUCUUCCUCUUCAUCAUCCCCUGGUGUUUCUGCUGUGUUCCAUUCUUCUUGGAUCAACUUCUCGACGUCAAUCACACCUGUCCGGCGUGCAAAAAGUUCUUGGGACGGUUCAGUCGGGUCUAG